CCAGAAUCAGUAAGCUCUUGUGAGAGCGAAGAAGAAGGAAGAUGCCGUGCCUCAACUUGUCGACGAACGUGAGCCUUGAUGGCGUUGACACCUCCGCCAUUCUCUCCGAAGCAACCUCCACCGUCGCCAACAUCAUCGGCAAACCUGCUUCCUAUGUGAUGAUUGUUUUGAAGGGCUCAAUCCCUAUGGCAUUUGGUGGGUCUGAGCAACCAACUGCUUUUGGUGAGUUGGUUUCAAUUGGUGGCCUAAACCCCGACACCAACAAGAAACUCAGCGCUGCAAUUGCUGCUAUUCUCGAGACCAAGUUGUCGGUUCCCAAGGCGAGAUUCUUCCUCAAAUUUGUUGACUCCAAGGCAAGCCACACUCAACUUCUUACAAAUUGAGAGAAGAUUGGAUGGAUCUUAUUUCCCCAUGCACAUAUUCUCAUUUGCAUUCUUUCGUGUCUCUGUUUAGGCGCAACAAACUCCAGAUUUUGCACAAUGUUUGCAUGCUUUACACCAGCAUUAGAUAAUGGUUCCGACUUCGGAUGGAAUGGUUCUACCUUCUGAAAUCUACUCCUUGUGCAACCUGUGUUCACACUCGUGAUGUGUGUUGGGUGUCAGCUGCCUGGACUUGGAAUAGGAGUGGAGUUUAU